AUGGGCGACGACAAUUUCAAGGAGACAACCACUCACCACUCCAUCGAACCCACACCGAGCGACAACUCUGACUUGGAUGAUGGAAUCGCUUCUCACAUCGGCGACUUGGGUCGGGAAAUCGACUCCAGUGCCAUCGGAGGUAACUUUGGGGACAUGCCCAAGGGUUACUACUGGACCCUAUCCUUCUUGGGCACUUUAAUAGGUACAUGCCUGGGUAUCUCUUGCUUCAAGCUCGGAUAUGUGUUGCCCGUGAAUACUCUUUCCAUCAUCAACGCCGACAUUGGUCCAGAUCCCUCUGUCGCCUGGAUUGCGACCGGGUGGAAUCUUUCCGCUGCGAUCGGGUACACUCUAGUCGGCCGGCUGUCCGAUAUCUAUGGACGUCGCUGGUUUUUCAUCGGCGGCAAUGUCAUCGGUCUGCUCAGCGCUGUCGUCGGUGCCACGGCCAAAAACAUCCCUACCCUCAUCGGCUCCAGUGUAUUGGCUGGGUUGGCGGCCUCGGUUCAGCUUUCGUUUCCCACCAUCAUCGGAGAGCUCAUUCCCAACAAACAUCGUGGUGUUGCCAACGGUCUCAUUCUGGUCACAGCAGUUCCCUUCUCUGUCUUUGGCCCUGUUGUCGCACGCAGCUUCGUCCUGCACACCUCCCAAGGAUGGCGAUGGAGCUAUUAUCUGAACAUUAUCAUGUCUGGCAUCGUCGUCUGCCUGUACUUUCUCUUCUAUCACCCACCGACGUAUAGACAGCUCCAUGCGAGGAGAUUGAAGGAGUUCAAGCUCUUCAAGACGCUUGACUUUGGCGGUGCAAUUUUGUUCUCUCUCGGCCUCGCCCUCUUCCUUCUAGGCAUGUCCUGGGGUGGUCAAAGCCAUCCCUGGAAGAGCGGUGAGGUUAUCGGCUCUCUGAUCGGUGGUGUUGUCUCCCUGGUCGCUUUCUUUUUCUACGAGAUUUAUAUGCCUCACGAAUACCCUUUCAUCCCUAUGAGGCUCUUCAGGAACUUGCCUUAUGUGACCACUGCCCUAGUCGGAUGUGUGGGAGCUAUGAUCUACUAUUCAGCAAAUGUCCUGUGGCCCACUGAGGUCGCCAAGCUCUACGAGACCGGCCUUCUGGACAUCGGCUGGCUCUCAAUGACCGUGGGGGGUGGUACUUUGGCCGGCCAAUAUGCUGGGGCUCUCUUGUGCCAUCCUCUUGGAAAACACAAGUGGCAACUGAUCGUCGGCUCUGUCGCCAUGACAGGCUUCAUUGGGGGCUUGGCUGCGGCUGAUUCCUCAACAAGGGCACUCGCCACAGCCAUGACAACACUGGGCUCCUUUGCGGUGGGAUACGUCGAGCUGGUGGUGCUUACUACAGCUCCUUUGUGUCUUCCGCAGGAAGAUCUGGGCCUGGCCACUGGGGUGGCUGGCGCCUUUCGAUCGGCUUCGGGUGCCAUUGCGACCGCCAUCUAUGCCACGAUUCUGAACAACAAGCUGACAACAAACAUUUCGAAAUACGUUCGACCCGCAGCUUUGGACGCCGGCCUACCAGCAUCAGAACUUCCAAAGCUGAUCACUGCUUUAGGAACAGGCAACUUCACUGCCGUCCCUGAUUUGACCCCGGGCAUCGGGGCAGCAGCUUCAAUAGCUUACAAAAUUGCAUACUCCCAGAGUUUCAAGACGGUCUACCUUGCAUCCCUGGCGUUCGGCGGCCUUUCUACACUCUCUGCAAUUGCCACCCCGAACAUGGAAAAAUAUUUCAACACUGUAGUGGCCAGAAGAUUACACGGUAAGGAUAUUGCGGUGGUAGAGAAAAAGAAAGCCCAGGAGAAGGUCCAACCCAAAGUUGAGGGCGUGUAG